CGCAGAAGCUCACCGAAGAUCUGGAACCUCUACCUGACAAUCAAGAAGCGAGCUCAAAGAAAUCACUGGUUUAUACUAGCUCGUAAUCAGGAUAUUGGACAUUGGAUAUAAUGAAUUUGUAGUCUGGUUUUUAAACACAACAGUAGUUUUUGUUCACUAAUAUCUCCAUAACAACCGAGGUGGGACGCUUUCAAAAGUUUCAGUCUAUUAUGACCAAUGUAUAAACUAGACUUACCGAUUGACACAAAAGAGGCCGCGGUUAUUGAAGCCAGGAGGAGAAAAGAAAAAGAACGCCAGGCCCGCAUAUUUGAUGCACGGACUCGUCAGAUAGGGAUAGAUGAAGAGGCUUUAAAACACCAGGUAGAAGAAAGAAAACGACAAGAACUUCGAGAAAAAGAAAGAGAUUUGGCUUAUGAUGCUGAUGCCGUUCGCAACGACAAAAUUGCGUGUAUACUUGAGAAACGUCAAAAGAGGGAUGAAAAAGAAGUUGCGAAAUGUCUCAACGAAUUUAGAUCCCUUCAUCAACAACCUGAGUCAAGGAGGGAGUUCGACCUUUAUGACCCGAAUGCGUUAAAGUUAGACCGUCCUGCUCGUGUUUCAGAUGAUGAUCCUCGAUGUGGAGUUGCCUCUCUCCAAAAAUUUGAUGGUGAGGAUCUAAACUUAAAAGCUAGAAUGAAGUAUCAAAGGGAACAAAUGCAAGAUUGGUUUGAUAGGCAAAUCGAGGAGCGAAACAGAGCUGAGAAGGCCCAAAAAGAAGCAGACAGGCUUUAUGAUCUCAAACGACGUGAACUAGAUCAACGUGCUUGUGAACUACAAAAAGCUGAAGAACAAUGUCGACGAGCAAUAAAUAUUGCACUUGAAAGAUAUAAUAAAUUACUAAAAGAGGAAAAUGAUCAAAGAGCACUUCUUAAGGCUAAACAAACACAAGAUGAUAAUAUGACUGAAAUAUGCAAUGCAAUAUAUGGUGAUUUUCUCAGUGAAAAUCCUGCUCAAGCAAUCUCUGCUUUUGGUAGUCAUCGUGUUAUUCCAGAUCGAUACAAGGGUAUGACACCAGAACAGAGAGAAGAAAUACGCAAAGCUCAAGAAGAACAAAUAAAAGAAAAAGAGCGUGAAUUAGCAAGACAGAAACAAGAAGAUGAAGAAUGGGACAAUCAGAGAUCGAGAUCAGCAAGGUUGGGUUUAUUAUUAGAAAGAGAAAUAGAACGAUCAACUCGUGAAAUGAAUCAAAAAAUAGCUGAACAAAAUCUCAAACUGGCAUUUGAACAGAAAUCGUUUCAAGAUUAUCUUAAUAAAGAGUUAUAUACAAAUCAACCUACUGCAGAUUAUUUCACACAGUUCAAUACAACUUCACGUUGAAAACUGGAAUUCAUCAACUGCUGGGAUCCCUGUUAUUAUUAUUAUUAUUAUUGCUUUUAAUACCAGUACUAGUGUCAACACUGCUGAUCCAUGGUGCUUGGCAUCUAUUCAGUAGAAUUGUCUUCUUUACGUUUAUCUACUAUGUUUGUGUUUUUACAUCGAAAGUUUCCUGACAAAAAUAGACAAAUGAAAAAGAAAAAAAAAGAGAACCCGACAAAUUAAAACAAAACGAGGAGAUUAGUGGAAUAAAAUCUCCCUUAAAUGACCAGAAAUUUUAUUUUUCCCCUAUGGUUUUGCAAUAAUAAAUAUAAGAACUGCUGACUACUUACACAUAUAUCAUCUUUAGGUGUCUUAAAGGUGCAUGUAUUAGGAACUAUUCUAUUGACUAUUGUUUUUCCAUUUCUUUUUGUGUGCUUAUUCAUAGGAGAGCUUCUUCUUUCUACUUUGGAUUCUUUGUUCAGAUUACACUUCAUGUAUUCUAGGAAUAAGUGAAAAAUGCUGCUAUUAUUAUUAUUAUUGUUAUGCUAUCACAUUUAUAUAUUUCAGUGUUUACACUGCUGGUUCCCUUUCUUUUUACUAUUGUACAUGAAAUGAACAAAAGUACAUUGUAAAGCUAAAUAAAAUAAAAUAAAAUCCUUUUGAAAUCCAUGA